GAGGCGGGGUUUUUGUGGGGUGGGGCCUUCAGCGGCUAUAAAAGCAGCGGCCGCCGGGCGCCGCGCUCUGUGGUCCUGGUCUGCGCGCCUUUUCCUGUUGCUGCAGUUGUCGCUUUCCUCACCGCCACCCGUGCCCCUGCUCUGGUCUGUGGUGUAGCCGGGACCCAGGACCAUGUCGCUUUCACGCUCGGAGGAGAUGCACCGGCUUACGGAAAAUGUCUACAAGACCAUCAUGGAGCAGUUCAACCCCAGCCUCCGCAACUUUAUCGCCAUGGGCAAGAACUAUGAGAAAGCACUGGCAGGUGUCACCUUCGCUGCCAAAGGCUAUUUCGAUGCUCUGGUAAAAAUGGGGGAGCUGGCCAGCGAGAGCCAGGGCUCUAAGGAACUUGGGGACGUCCUCUUCCAGAUGGCCGAGGUGCACCGGCAGAUCCAGAACCAGUUGGAAGAGACGCUGAAGUCUUUUCACAAUGAGCUGCUCACGCAGCUGGAGCAGAAAGUAGAGCUGGACUCCAGGUAUCUCAGUGCUGCACUGAAGAAAUACCAAACGGAACAGAGGAGCAAAGGGGACGCCCUGGACAAGUGUCAGGCUGAGCUGAAGAAGCUCCGCAAGAAGAGCCAAGGGAGUAAGAACCCUCAGAAGUACUCAGACAAGGAGCUGCAGUACAUCGAUGCCAUCAGCAAUAAGCAGGGCGAGUUGGAGAACUACGUGUCUGACGGCUACAAGACAGCACUCACUGAGGAGCGCAGGAGGUUCUGCUUCCUGGUGGAAAAGCAGUGCGCUGUGGCCAAGAACUCUGCUGCUUACCAUUCCAAGGGCAAGGAGUUGCUGGCCCAGAAGCUGCCUCUGUGGCAGCAAGCCUGUGCCGACCCCAACAAGAUCCCAGACCGUGCUGUCCAGCUGAUGCAACAGAUGGCCAAUAGCAAUGGCUCCAUCCUUCCAAGUGCCCUGUCAGCCUCCAAGUCCAACCUGGUCAUCUCAGACCCCAUUCCUGGAGCCAAGCCCUUGCCAGUGCCACCUGAGCUGGCACCAUUUGUGGGGCGGAUGUCUGCUCAGGAGAAUGUACCUGUCAUGAAUGGCGUCGCAGGCCCGGACAGCGAGGACUACAACCCCUGGGCUGACCGAAAGGCUGCCCAGCCCAAAUCCCUGUCUCCCCCGCAGUCUCAAAGCAAGCUGAGCGACUCGUACUCCAACACACUCCCCGUGCGCAAGAGCGUGACUCCGAAGAACAGCUAUGCCACCACUGAGAACAAGACACUGCCACGUUCAAGCUCCAUGGCAGCUGGCCUAGAACGUAACGGCCGCAUGCGGGUCAAGGCCAUUUUCUCCCACGCGGCCGGGGACAAUAGCACUCUGCUGAGCUUCAAGGAGGGCGACCUCAUCACGCUGCUAGUGCCUGAGGCCCGUGACGGCUGGCACUAUGGGGAGAGUGAGAAGACCAAGAUGCGGGGCUGGUUCCCCUUCUCCUACACCCGGGUCCUGGACAGUGACGGAAGUGACAGAUUGCAUAUGAGCCUGCAGCAAGGCAAGAGCAGCAGCACAGGCAACCUCCUGGACAAGGAUGACCUAGCCCUUCCUCCUCCUGACUAUGGCACGUCCUCCCGGGCAUUCCCCACCCAGACAGCUGGCACGUUCAAGCAGAGACCCUACAGCGUGGCAGUUCCUGCCUUCUCUCAGGGUCUGGAUGACUAUGGGGCACGAUCUGUGAGCAGUGGCAGUGGCACGCUGGUGUCCACAGUGUGAGGACGCUGACCCCAGGCAGCUGCUCUGAAGAGCUCCCCCCAGUCUCCACCGGUUCCCCUCCUCAGCUCUCGUUGGUUUGUUCUUGGGUUGUUUUCUUUCCCACCCGCUCCUGCCUUUUGGUUGGUGAUCCCAGACUCUGAAAUCCCCCAGGGUCCAUGGUGCUGCUCUCUGCGCCCCUGCGCUCAUGCCCCCAGCAGGUGUCCCCAGCCUUGAGCAUUAACUGCCGGGUGGGGGCCUGCUGGCUGAGUGGCAAAGCAGCGUCCGCACCUGCUGCCCUAGCCCUGUGGUGUUCACGACGCACAUCCCUUUUCUAAGGCUGGCCACGAGCCAGGGCUAGAGUUUGAAGAAAAAGAAAAAAAUCUUUAAAAAAGAAAAAAAAAAGAAAAAAAAAAAGAAAAACAGGAAAAAGGACUAUUUUUUUUUCCUAAAAACAAAAACAGAUAUGCAUGGACUCCGGUGUACGUACUGUUAUUCUGCAUCUGACCCCCAGAGUGCUGGCGUCUUCUAGAACAGGACAGGACUUAGGGUCCUGGGGGGAUCAAGCCCAGGGACCUUGACCUGCCUCAGGCCCCUUCCAAGGGCUGCACCAAGAAAAGGGGCCUGGGCACUUGGGAGCCUCCUGAGGAAGCUGACCACUCCUGUGAUGGAGGCUGCAGCCCCAGCCAGGCCCUGCCCACCCCACAAGCCAGGCACUAGGCUUCUUCCUCAGCAGAUACUGCUGGGCAGGCGUGUGUAGAACAGAGUGCGGCAUCCCAACACAGGGUGGCGUUACCUCAUGCAGUGCCCUGGUGGGAGCUGGAGGCAAGAGCAGGUGCUGCCCGGCCACAUGCGAACAUUCCAAAGACCUCAAGACCAAGCCCACCCACCCAUCCACACAUACACACACCUUUGGGGAAUCUUUCUAUGACCAGCCUUUGAGAAAGUCGCGGCGCAGAGGGUACAGCCAGCCAGUCAGGGCCGGGGAGAAGCAGGCUCUGGCCCAGCUCCUCCUAAGCACUCUCCUCUUGUGUGUGUCUUGGUAACUUUAGAAACAGGCACACUGGACUCAGUGGCUACUGGUUUUGUCUCUUCACACACUGAAUUCUGGGCAGCGGAGCCCAAGGCCCAGUGGGCUCAGCCCUACAGCUGGCAGAAGCCCUUGGGAAGCUGCGGACGCGCCUCUGAUGUGGUUAGCAAACCCAGCAAGCCUGCUGAGGACUAGGGCGUGGCUGGUCCAGUCUGACAGCAGCAGCAGCUCAGACACAGACAGAUCCUGUUUUAUAUUUAAGGAAAACACAGCCAGAACCUGGACCUGUGUAAAGAACUUUCUGUGUUGUUCUAAUUUUGCUAAAAGAUUUCAAAUCCAGGGGAUUCCAUGUGCAAUGGAUGAAUGUAGACACAAAACAGCAAACUUGUAAGAAGAUGUAAAGUGCUAAAAAAUAUUUUUUCCUUUUUUCCUUUCUUUUUUUUUUAAAAAAUCUGAACUGUGCCCUGUACUGCGGUCAACUGUUGGAAUAAAGGCUUUAUUUAUUGCACUGAGUUGGUCUGUGCCUCCGUCCAGCUCUCUGGCAUAUGUUGGGGCUCUGUGGGCCAAGCCACACCUCAGGGCACCCCAACUUGCAGCCCAUCUUCAGUCUCUUAACUCACCUGCAGAUCAUUCCAGGUCAUUGCCAAAACCAGUCUAGGCUUACAGACAGUGCAAGCCCAGGUGGCUCUGAUGGUGACACCCAGGUGGCCUACCACCCUGGCUGAGAAAGCAGGGCUUAGAAGGGCUUAGUGCAGACUCCAGCAAGAGUGAGCCCUCUAGUCCCCAUUCCCCACCCAGCAGAGAGGUGUGUUCAAGGUCCCUUCCCAGCAGGUGUCCAUCCUGCCUGGCCUUCUGCCUCCUGGUGUCCGCAGGUACCCGUUGGC